UUGAAAGUCUUGGGAUGAGCAUACUUGCAGGCAGAUGUCUAUUUUGUUACUUGAUUUUUGUUUCCUGCUCUGAGCUAAUGGACUAUGCUUCAUAUUUGGACUGUUUAAGUGCAGAAGUCAGAUUGUGUUAAGUACCAGGGCCAUCUGUUUCAGAAGAUAAUUGAGGGAGGGAAAACAAAGCAGGAGGCCAGAAAUAAGCAACCGUCUGUGAAGGCAGUGCAUGGUGGUAGUAGAGUUUUUCAUUUCUGCGUCCACCUUAUUAAAUGACUUGCUUCAAACCACAAAUGCUGUUUCAUUUGAACAUAAACACAUUGCAGAUACAAAAAUAGAAAUGAAGUACGAUUUUGUUGAGCGUCUGAUUGUUCAGCAGGAAGUGUGUCAUAAUCAUUCUUUGUGAAAGCAUCAAGGGGCUUGCCUUUGGAGUAUGAGCUGUGUUUGCAAGUUACCCACAAAUAAAACACAGAGGCAUUGCUCUGAAAUCUGCCAGAUAAAGACUGUUUGUGCUGGUUUGCUGGAAGUGCUGCCUUCUGUUUGGAUCCAAGUGGCACUCUGAUUUUUCUUACAAGAUUUUUCAUUUCUGUGAAAGGGGCACUAUAAAAGAGGCAAUGGAUUCAUACCACCUCUCUUAGCAAUGAUCUGAACAACAUUCUAUUGCUUCAUAUUUUGAUUACAGUGAACAUAAGAAUUCAAAUAUUUCUGGAUCAUGGAGCCUGAGACUGUAUUGCCUUCAUGCUGUUUAAGUUCCCGACUCCCACUCAAAUUCUCAAAACCUCGUUCCUCAAGCCAGUCAGUGCCAGGUAAAACAACUCAGCUACAGAGACAAACAUCAGAGCCAGCCUUAAGAACCAGCUCUCUUAGUUCUUUGAAACGAUCAAGUAUAAAUGAAAGAAACCAAGAUGCAUUACUUGCUUCUAGGGCAUUAGUAACAUCCUGUGCAUUCUCUGAUGACUUCAGCUAUCCUAAAUCUUCCUUGCGGAAACUUAGCUUGCAGGAAAGGAGGAAAAUAUUUGAAAUGAAUAACACAGGAGACCAGAGCCCUCAACCAUGCAAUGAAAACAUUUCAGAAGAAGGACAAGAUACUCCAGAAACAGAGGCUGGUAUUGGCAUGACAUGGGAAGCUGCCUCCUGCCAACAUCAGAAAGCUGCAGGAAGACAGGAUCUCACUGCUAACAUGCUCAUUAGCUGUACUCCUGAAGCAAAGCUCACAGGUGGUGAUUGGAAACAGGCCAACAAAUUUGGUAGUAGUCUGAAAGCACAUCAUACAGACAGCAAAAUACAUUAUUCUAGAGGAGCAGGAACACUGGAUGUGCGACAAAGAAUUUCCUCUUUUGAAUCACUUGCCAGUCAAAAACAAUCACAGCAAAUGCCUGCCACUUCUCAUGAGAAGAAAACAAGUAAAUUAUCGUCUUGUUCAUCACUUUCAGUUAAGAAAAUGUUUACCGAUGAAGCUAAUGAAGAUGCUUUAAGGCAGAGAGGUCCCUUAACUUGUGAUAGCAGUGACCAGAUGCACAUCCUGGUGGAGGGAACAAGUGACAAGAUUUCAGUGUCAAACAGCUUCACUAAACAGGAAACUUUGGGCAAAACACAGCAGACCAAUGUUACUUCAGAAAAUAAUCUAGCAACCAAUCAACUGGAGAGAAAUAGUUGUGAAUAUACUGAGUUGCCGGCAUCCUUUGUAAUGCAUGAUAUGACUAUUUCACCUGUGCAUGAUAAGACGGAAGUUGUAGGGGCAUGUAAUAUAUCCAGUGAAAUUGUCACUUCAGAAAAGAGUGAAAUAAACACAUCAGAAAAGGAAGAUAUGAAAAGUGAAGGUGAUGCAGAGAUGUCUGUGCUCGGGUCAAACUAUUCAGAAUGCUGUAAGGCAUCCUAUAUAUCUGAUGCAAGUAAAAUUAAGCAAAAUGAUUUAGAAAAAAUCAAAUCAGAAGUCACUGUUCAAGUUUCUCAAGCAGCAGAAAUGUGUUCAAGCCAUAGCUCACUGGAGAAGGAGACUGCAAAGCGAUAUCUAGGUCUGGAAGAUGGUUCAGAGGUAGUUUUUGAGCCUUCUUUUAUCCCUAACCAGAGAAGUUCAUCUCCUGUUCCUGAGGAUGAAUUUGCUUCUGAAAGCUACAGUGAAGAAAAAAGUUUGGAAGCAUGUGAGAGUACUCCCCAGUUGCCUGCAGCCAUGAUGGACCUUUCCAGCCCCUUGGCACCACACAUACUGUUAGACUGCUAUGAUGAUAAGCAUGAUUCAGAUGGGUCAGUGGUGACUACACCAAGCGACCUUAGCCAGCUGGAUAUGAGAAGCUUUUCUAUCAGGUAUACCAUUUUUUUAAAUGUGUUUUAA